CAGAAAAGAGAUGAAUUUCCCAGGAGUCUCCACCACAUAACAAUGUCACUUAGAAAUCAAAUGUUAGCAUCUACAACAAAAAUCUGAUGCAUGUAACACUUCUCAAAGAUAAGGGGGAAUACAUUCCUCUCCAACUGUCAGUCUGAUAUAACAAGCAACAUGAUCCAGAUGUAGACACUGUGACAUAGCUGGUCAAAUUAAAGACAUUACUAUAAUACAAGAGUCAAUAAACAGGCAUACAGUUGGCAACAAGCAGGCAGUCAAAUCAGGCAAAAAAUCCAAAGGCAAUUAGACAGUGUAGACACCCUUUUGUACAGACAGACAGCAGGAAAAUGGCAACAGGUAGUCUGUCAAGUUGCAAGUAUACAGGAAACACAUUUAAAAAAAAAAAAAAAGGAAUUUGAAUGUCAACCUCCUUUGAAUAAAAAAUGUCUGAAAUGCUAUACUUAAUAACACACAUAGCCUAUAAAGUACACCAAAGAGUUCACCUUCAGAAAUAUUGAGAUUAAACAAGGAAAUCUUGUAAAAUUCAGAAUAGCCAUAUCUUGGAAAUGUUUUCAAGAGCCGUACAUAGCGGGGGCAACGUGAUUUGUUUGGUUUAAAGUACUUAAAUAAGGCAGUUCAUGUUUAGUUGUAUUAAUAAUAGCUAUAUCAAAGAAAUGAUAAAAAUUGUAGUGUAAUGUAUUGUUGUUGUGAGAUGCACUCUAUGCAACUUAGGCCUCUGUGUAUUCCUCCAGAGUUACCAUACUGCAUCAAUGUUAGCAGAGAGUUUGCUGAAGGCUACGUGCUAAUAAAGCAUUGUGACUCAGCGUUAACUCUGACUCUCUUCUCUUGCACACUCGGUAUCUUACACAUAGUAUUUACAGAAAAUGUGAGAAUAUAUGGGAAACCUGGUUAAGGUAUUUAUUCAACAUUUCUAUGGACAAGAUAUUUAAAAUACAUUGUUCCGAGUUACAUACAGAGAUGCUUUUAUUGAUACACAUUUAAUUGUGCUUUGUCUCUAAUUUUAGUGAUGAUAUUUGUGUACAAAGUCCAUUGUUUACUUUCUUUUCUUUAAAACUGCAGCAUAUUGGCCAGUAAAAUGUUCAGUUUGAACGACACCAAUUCUGGUCAUUAUUAGAAGCUUCCUCUACACAACAGUGACAAAUUUGCCUUAUUCAAAACAUCAAAUAGUCUGAAUGUUUUGCUCUGUAUUAGUUGUGCUAUAAUAGCUUAUGUUAUAUUAUCAGUUAAUAUCACUAUAUUGACAGAGUUAACCACUAUGCCUAUAGCCUAUAAUUAUUGAACCAAUAUGUAUUGUUAUAUUGGCAGUCAGUCACUUUACAUGGUUUGUUGACAGAUAUACUUUGCUACAUUUAACCUCUUACCAGGCACUCCAUUUUUGUGCACAAGACUGAAAAUAAUGUACCCAAAAUAAGGUAACUGUCUUUAACCCUGUUGAGUCAUAACCCUGGUCUCAUUUAAAAGGUAAAUCUUUAAAUUUUACAACCCGAAAGUCAAAAUGAGUAUAAGUGGUUCUGAAAAUAAAGUGUCCCAUGGGUAGGACAUUGUCACUUAACAGAUUAAAUAAUUCAUAGGAUAUUAUAUUGUUACUGCAUUGGCAGAAUAAUUUAACAUAUAUCAUUGACAAAAUCAUGUCAAACAGCAGCACGUAUUUGCUGCGACAGCAGAUAUUUCUGUGGUCUUUUUUUCCUGGCAGCGACUGUAUUGUCUUGUGCUUUUUGUUUAAUUUUGGUGGCAUUUCCUGUCCUGACAGUGGAGCUGCCCUUAGAGUGGAGCCUGCACCGGAAGCGUCCCUGCAAAGGAACCCCUGCCUGCAGCCAGACUGUGUUGAUCUGAUCUCCAUGGUUAUCUAGGCGGGCAGGUUUAACUCCCCAUAUAACCGGUCCCGGGUUGUGCACGGGCACGCGGAGAGAUGGAGUUGUAAACGAAGCGCGCGCUGGUCAGCUACAAAAAAAAAACAGCGUGCACUUUUCAGCACCAAUCCCUCCUGAACAGCAGCCAAACGGAGCGUUUUGGGUUUGUUUAGUUUAUUGUAACAAACCGACGACUUUGCGGUUUGCAACGCCACACCGCCGCUGCGUUCACGGGAACCGUUAUUGUUAGUAUCGAGGCGGCAAGUGGAAGAUACAUAGCGGCUCUGCUUGAGCUUUGUUUCGGUUUAAAGAGAUAAGUUUCUGCGGGUAAAAAUACCAGUAUAUUCGGCUGGCUUGUGUGGAAUUGGCGCGGUCUGGGCUCAACUAAGUUAACUCCGUCCCGGGAGGACUAAAUGGCUGCAAAUGAAGGGAAACAAAGGUGAUAAAGAAGAGUAUUCAUCGUAGCCGGUUCGGCCCAGUCAGCGGUUGGGCCGUGGUCCUGUUUUUAGCCACAUCACAGCCUGCUCGUACCGUUACCCGCCGAGGUCUCCAUUGUGUGAGCAUCUCUGUGCUAUUUCCCACUGCUGCCCCGACACCUGCCGUAGCUACAACGGUGUGUUUUCUGCUGGAUUUUUUUUUGUUUUUGUUUUAACUUUCUGAAUCCUCGCAACCAAAAUGUGCUCUCGGGUUUGGUUCGUGACCGACCGGCGUAUCAGCCAGGAGUACCCACAAGUUCAGAUCCUCCGGGCACUGAAGGAGCGCUGCGCCGACGAGGAUGUUGAAUUCCGCUCGCUCCUCAUGGAUCAAAUCGUGCUUACGAUCAGCGACGGACAAUUAGGUCUGCGUGUGGAGCAAGAAUUGGUGACAUCUUAUCCACAGGUGGUGGUGGUGCGCGUGCCCACGCCCUGGGUGCAGUCAGAUAGCGACAUCACUGUGCUGCGCCACCUGGAGAAGAUGGGCUGUCGGCUGAUCAACCGACCUCAGGCCAUACUCAACUGUGUCAACAAGUUCUGGACCUUUCAAGAGCUGGCCGGCCAUGGCGUGCCUCUUCCCAACACCUUCUCCUACGGAGGACAUGACAACUUCCGUAAGAUGAUUGACGAGGCAGAGCCGCUGGGCUACCCGGUGGUAGUGAAGAAUGCACGUGGCCACAGAGGCAAGGCUGUGUUCUUGGCACGUGACCAACACCACCUGACAGACCUGUGCCACUUGAUCCGCCAUGAUACCCCAUACCUGUUUCAGGAGUACAUCAAGGAGUCGCAUGGCCGUGACGUGCGGGUGGUCCUGGUGGGCGGCCGUGUCAUUGGCUCCAUGUUGCGCUGCUCCACCGAUGGACGCAUGCAGAGCAACUGCUCCCUGGGUGGUGUAGGUAUGAUGUGCCCACUGAGCGAGCAGGGCAAGCAGCUGGCCACAGAGGUGUCAAACAUCCUCGGCAUGGAUGUGUGCGGCAUCGACCUCCUGCAGCUCAACAAUGGCUCAUUUGUAGUCUGUGAGGCAAACGCCAAUGUGGGCUUCAUUGCCUUCGACCAGGCCUGUGGCAUGGAUGUGGCAGGCAUUGUUGCCGAUUACGCCCUAUCGAUGCUCCCCAGCCGCCUCACCCGCAAGAUGUCCCUGCUGUCCGUUGUGUCGAGCACCAGCGAGACCAGCAGUGAGCCUGAAGUGUGCCCCGUGCCCACUGGUGGAGGCUCCCUGCCCGAGGCCGUCUGCAACAUGAGCGUGGGCUCUACUUCCAGCGAGAGCGACCCGGAGCUGGCCGAACCCUCCCAGUCCUCGCCUCGCCAAGCCUCGGCCCCCGCCCAUCCCGAUCUCUCCGAUCUCCCUGAUCCAGCCUACAACUUCAACACCCUUCUCGCCAAUGAGAUCAAGUUAUUGACUGAGUGAGAUUCAAGCUACUUCACGCACACACAAACACCACAAAUACAUAUUAAAAACAUGCAUACACACACCUGUACGCAUGGCAACAUGCAUUCCUUUUAAACACACAUAUCAAUCCAAAAGCUAUUAAAACAUUAGGAUGUUGAAUGCAAAACAAGAGCAGAGAAAAACAGAACACACAUAUGGACACGACCACAGAAAUACAAACACCAAAACAUGAGCUUUCUCAUACUAACUCCCUCCAAAAAACAAAGAUCUGAGGCUGCUCCCCUGACUCUCCUCUCUUUGCACCUCUACUGACACACUGCAAACCCCACUAUCCAAACUUAGCUUACACUGCAGCAUGGUGGCGAAAGUGGGAUAUAUAUAGUACAUAACAUAAUCGCCAAAUUGACCUCUCCUAGAAUCUAUUUUGCAAAAUAGUGAGGAUGAAAGCUGACUGUGGUUUUUGGGGUGGAUGUUAGAUUCCCAUUAAGGAAUCCUGCCAAGUUUUUAUCCUCACAAUACGCUAACAUUUAAAGGAGAAUCUAUGUUGUCAUAAAAAAGGGAUUCCUUCUGAGACUUUAGUCAGGUUUGAUGGAUUGGAGGCAAAAUGAAGUGUUUUUUUUUUUUUUUUUCAAGUGGUUAGCUCCUUGGGAGAGGAAUACAACCUCAGGCUAGGCACAUGAUACUGUCAGUUCCAAUGUAGCAAUGUAGUGCUCCUGUCAAGGACACAGAACAGGAUGGGGACCAUCCUGCAGCAACUGGAGAUGGAGGAAUUUUAUGUUAAAUUUAUAGCUAUUCAUGAUUCAUAUUAACUGAGAGAUGAAUUCAUUCCUCACUACAUAAAGUUUCCUUAUGACUACAUGUCAUAUUAAGUAAAUCCAACCUAAACAGAAUGUAUACACAGUAUAUUUUACCAGGUUUACAUGAACAACUCUCUUAAUUAAAAUUCAUAAAAUCCCAGUUUUGAAUGACUGAUGUCUGAUUUUAAAACUGUAGCUGUGGCUGCUACAUCAACAAUGAAUAAGAGGUUAACAUGAUAUUAGAAUGAUUUAGCUUUCAUGUGUAAACAAGAAUAUUAGUAACUUAGAUUACACACCCGUAGCACCAGAAACUCAUCUCAGGUGCUAACAGUGUCCAUAAAUCAGUUCUCGUUCACAGUGAACGAAGCAGGCUAAUGUAAAUGGAAGCAAAACUGCCCUAACCUGUGCAAGGUAGAAGAAAUAACAAGUAGUUCUGUUUAAGAGUCAGAACGUGGAAUAUGAGAAUGAAUUGAGUGCCAUUACUCGAUUUUUAAUUUUACAUUCAUAGAUAGCUUCUUUGAUUAGCCUUACCAGCAGCAGCAGUCUGCUGCUUUUUAAAAUUCAUUUGAUGUCUUGCACUUUAUGAUGAACAGAUGCAUUUUUUUUUUUUCCUCGCUCAGAUGACACAUUUAGGACACAUAAGAUAGAGUGUGAAAGCUGUGUCUACACCUGCAAGCAAAAUAUACCUCAAAACAGUGAUUUCUCACUGCCAUAGAAUGACACAGAUAUUCAAACAUACAGUACAUAUCAGCCGGGAUCCUUGUGGUUUUAAAAUGGCCCUUGAUAUACCAGGUGUUCCUUCCCUUUAUGUUUAGGAGCUGAAAAGGUUAGCUGUGUAUUAUUUUUUAAUUUUCUUUUUAGCUUUUUUGUAAAUAUUUAGGUAGUGAAGUAGCUUCAGUGCAUACUAGUAUCCAGCUGAUGAAACUGGAACGGCUGAAAUAACUGCCAACAUUGACAUUUUUAUAAGCUAUUGUGGAUAAACUUGUUGUAAAGAACUGCAAUUUAGAAAAGUUGAAACUGAAAUUGGGUGCUAACAACUCUCGAUUUGGUUAGAUGCAAUUUCUCGGUCAUAUGAUUUGUAGCUUUUACUUUUUCACCUUGUUUUUUUUGAUAAUAAAACGAAGUAUCUUAACCCAUAAAAUAUGUUGGCAUGAUGUACAAAUACAAAACGGAAACUAUAUAUUUGCAGUCUUUUUGAACAGAAUGUUACUUUUUCUUUCCUUAGGGAAAAAAGGAAAAAAAAUCCAGGGAUUUCAGUGGCCAAGAGUUUACAGUUUUUGUUCCUCUUGAUUAACCUCCUGUACACUUUCUGAAAUAACUAUCAACAUAGAGAUGGGGUACACUGGAGUAACUGCCAUUCAUUAAGAAUCAUUUACAGCUCUGAUCAAAAGCACAAAUGUAAAUCCUAAAUUGUUCCACUCCGUGUUUUGGGGCUUGUAACCCUUUUUGUUGACACAAAAAUAUUUUGUUGAAUAUUUAGUUUUGUCAAGUUGAACACACCUCAGGGAAGCAGCCUGGAUCUCACUCCCGACCCCCAAAGGCACGACAUAUCCAUCCAAGAUACAGACAUGUCAAAAACAUGACACACACCUACAGGCAGACAAAAAGAUACACAAACAACAAUGAAAAAAAGGUUGUAAACUACAGUAUAAGAGGAUGUGGUAUAUACCAUGGUUAACAUGCACUUUUUUUCCUUGCUUGUUUUAUAUUGUUCCUUGUUUUCUUCCUAAUUUAUGGUAUUUUUAAAGAAAAAAGUGGUUUGUGUGCACUAAUAUUGUCUCAAUAAAGUAAAACCGCUGUGAAGCUUGA